UUCAAAACACCAACAUCAAAGUUAGAAAAGGAUUCGCAGAAUGGUGGAGCCUAAUGGCAGUUUCAGGUAAUGUGCCAAUUAACUUUCAGAUUUCUCAAUUGCUUGAUUUUGUCUUUCUUUUUAUCUUCUGUUCAAAAGGGUUUAUAAUGUUCAUGGUUAGUUCACUAUGUCUUGUUGACCUUACUAGUAGUUGUAGGACUACUAUUGUAGUUUCUUUUUUUUCUAUUUCAAUUAGUACUAUCUAUUAUUUUGUGUAGUUGUCAUUUUUUUAGUAUUGUUUUGUUGUAGUUCUGUUCUGUUACUAUCUAUACUGUUUCUUGAGCCAGAUUUCUAUCGGAACCAGCCCUUCUACUUCACAUUUGAGGUAGAGGUAAGGUCUGCAUACACUCUACCAUCCCUAGACCCCACUGUGUGGUAUCUGUGUAUGUUGUUGUUAUUUAACCAUGUAUUGAUCUUGACAUUUUGUUGCUUCGUUCAGGGGACUAAAGAAAGCAGAGGAAGGAACUUUCUGCACCAGAGAGACAGAGUUAACCGGUCGAGUUUGUUGUGUUGUAUUUCCUGUCAGAUGUCUUAAGUUUUUUCUGCCAAUAACUGUUCCUUGUUUGUACUAUUAGUGAUUUCUGGCUCCGGUAUUUUGAUUGUUUGAUUGAACACCAAGUAAUUUCUUGUUUUGAUUGUGUUGUGUGAUCAUCUUAUUAUAUUGUAAUGACAUUUUAGAGCAUUCUCAAAUUGUACAAUCAAAAUUAAGCACAGAUAUAUAUACCAGCCAUCAAGAGUUUGAAGCUCCAAAUUCUGGUUUGCUUGGUAUGACAGAAGUCGUUUUACUGAAUUUUUCCUCAGAAAUGGACAUUCCGGUGUUGGGCUCAAGAGUGAAAAGUUACUUUUGAUAAAGAUUGACAAUAUCAUCAUUAGCAAAUCAGACUGUUAUGAUGGAAUUUUUUACAAUGUCUAAUUUUGGUUAAAAGCUCCCUUUGGUUGGUUGCUAAAUUUCCCUUUGAGUUGCAAUUAGUUUGGUUGUGAUAUAUUUUCUGUCAGAUGUCUCAAGUUUUUUCUGCCAAUAACUGCUCCUUGUGUUAUGAUGGCUUUUUUUACAAUGUCUAAUGUUGGUUAAAAGAUUACCUUUUUAAAAAAUAAAUAAAAAGCUCCCUUUGGCUGGUUGCUAAAUUUCCCUUUGAGUUGCAAUUAAUUUGGUUGUGUAAGAUAAUUCUUUUCUCCCUAUAACAAGUUCAUAUAAAUACAGCUAUGAGCUAAAACGCCAUUAAAACUCACAAACUCUCUACUCCAAUUUCUUAAGCGGUAGAGCCUGAUGUGUGAGUUAGGACUUAGACACACGUUCAUGGGUCCGAAACAAAAGUGUAGAAGGGUGGACGUACACAUUGUCCAUCAAGUUUUGGUGUCAGAUGAAGUCCUUAUAAUUAGUUGUUCGAUACACAAAGCAAGGUAUUUUAGUGGAGAAGGGUAGCCCAUUAGAACAAGAAAAAGCAAAAGUUUUAGGUCUGUUGAGAAUGGGAAUCGAACUAGCUAGAAAGUUUAAAUAUGAAAAAGUAAACACACAAAGAGGAUUCAACCUCUACUAUAUAUUACUACUACAAAACAAUUAAUAUUAACCAGUAUAAUUUUCCGCCGAAUGGACCAAACAGAUUCUUGUGUUACUUCAGUAAAACAAAAAUACAAUCAUUUUACAAAAGAGGAAAAGUCAUUGCUUCACUCUUGUCUCAAGAAUAAAGUAUUGCUGGGACAUUCCAUUUCUUCUUUUCCUUCAUAUAUACUAUGUUUUGCUUUGUUGAUUAAAGUAUUUGUAUUUUCCUUCAAUUUUACUUAUUCUUUUUUACUAGUUUUUCUUUUUGCUCUGCUAUAAAUAAUGAAGAAAUUGAACACUCAGUUUAUAAUUAAUUGAUCAUCUUUGAGAGCAUUCUUUCUAAUCACAAAUAUUUUUAUUUUUCUCAAUGGAUAUACUUAUUAAUGCUGUAGGUGGCAUUGUUGUUGAGGUGGGAAAGUUUGUAUGUAAGUGCAUCUAUCCAAAGAUUGAAAAUAUUGUCCGUUUCUCGUCAAAAAUUGAAAAUCUAAGGGAGGAAAUGGAGAAGCUAACAAAGUUUAGAGAUGAAAUCAAUGGAAAGGUGGUGAAAGAUGAGGGAGAAGGCUAUAAAACAAAACCAGAUGUUAUCAAGUGGAUCAAAGAUGUUUGCGAGCUGGAGGAUGAAUGAGAAACUAUGCAACAAAGCAUUGCAGCAGCUAAGACAUUUGCGUAUAAAUGCUGGAGCCUUCGCUCUCAACUCUCCACUCAAGCACAGAAGAUUCAAGAUCAACUUUCCAGGCUUAAACAAGUCGGAGAAAGCUUUGGAUCAAAUUUGAUGGUAGAAAAUUACCAGAUGAAAAGAGUUGAGUUCAUCGCGGGACCAUCAGUAGAGGGUCAGUCAGCAGCAACAAGGAAUCUCAACGAAAUCCUACGACUAUUGGAAGAUGAUAAGGUAUACAUCAUUGGUGUGGUGGGUCCAGGAGGAGUUGGUAAAACAACAUUGGUAAAGAAUCUGAACAAUGAGCUUCUAAAGAUUAAUGUGUCAAAUUCUAAAUUGUCUUUUGGUGUUGUGGUAUGGGUUACCGUGCCCAAACCACCAAUAGACAUAAAAAAGAUUCAAGCACAAAUUGUGAGCAGAUUAAACCUGAAGGUAGAUAACGAGGGAAGUGAAGUAAGUAUUGCCAGCAAAAUCUUGGAAAGGCUCAAGCAAGAAAAAAGUUUCCUUGUCAUACUAGAUGAUGUUUGGGAUGCUAUAAAUUUGGAUCAUGUAGGUGUGCCCCAACCCAAAGCUCACACAGGAAGCAAGGUUAUUAUAACUUCUCGUUUUGGGGAUGUUUGUAAGAUGAUGAAAACAGACACCGAAAUGAAUAUUUCCACAUUGAAGGAAGAUGAAUCUUGGCAAUUGUUUAUCAAAACUGCGGGAGAUGUUGCCAAUCGGGAGAAUAUUCAACCAAUUGCAAGGGAUAUUGCAAGAGAGUGUGGCGGUUUACCUUUAGCAAUAACUGUUAUUGGGGCAUGUAUGAGCGGGAAGAACAGGGUCGAGGAAUGGGUAGAUGCUUUGGAUUCACUUAGAAUAUCUGAACCUUAUGAAAAAGAUGUAAUAGAUGAGGUUUACAAGGUAAUCAAGUUGAGUUUUGAUUAUUUAGAAUCUCCGGAUACUGGAAGCAAAAGGAGAGGUGACAUUAAAAGUUGUUUCUUGUAUUGCUCCUUAUAUCCGGUGGAUAUUCCAACAGAGGAUCUCAUACAUUGCUGGUGGGCAGAGGGGUUCCUCGGUGAACAUGACACAUAUGAAAAGGCUUAUAACAGGGGAAACACAAUAAUUGGGAGUCUAAAAAAUGCCUGCUUGCUAGAAGCCGAUGGGAUGUAUUGUGUGAAGAUGCAUGAUGUGAUUCGUGAUGUUGCUAAAUGGAUAGCUAAUACCUUUGGGGAUGAACACAUUUCUGUUUUUCAAGCUGGAAUUGGGUUGACAGAGAUAUCACAUACUACUAAAGUAUCAGCUGCUUCUGUCAAGAGAAUAUCAUUCGCAAGCAACAAAAUUGAAUAUCUACCUGAUUGCUUCAUGAAAUGCCCAAAGACAACAUCUUUACUUUUGCAAGACAAUGAAUCCCUUGUGAAAAUUCCCGAUAAAUUCUUUUUGUCAUUUCCAGUUCUAAGAGUUCUGAACCUGAGUGGAACUGGUAUUAGAGCACUGCCUUGUUCCAUCAAUGAGUUACGUCAACUACAUGCUCUAAUACUACAAAAUUGCAGCAUGUUGAAAGAGUUACCAUCUAUUGGUAAUCUUUGCAAUUUGCAAUUGCUUGAUUGUGAUCGUACAAUGUUACGUUGCCUGCCGGAAGGAAUGGACAAGUUGACAAAUCUGAGGGUUUUAAAUAUGCCUAAUUCUAAUUUGGGGAGCAGCAUCGGCCAAGGAUUUUUCCUCAAAUUUUCUAGCAUUGAAAUAGUAGACAUGAUGCAUACCUGUCUUGGAGCAACUUCUUUUGAUGAGCUAUCAUCUCUACGCAAUCUGACUGGUCUUUUUAUUACAUUGGACAGCUCUUCGAUUUUCAAUAGAGACCACACCUGGAUGAAAAGAUUGAAACGAUUUAGUAUUGAAGUUGGGAAAUUUUCAUUUCAUGUUCCAUUCGACAAGUCAAGAAGGGAGAUAAUUGUCCACGAGUGUGAAACUUUCAGUAACGGAGAGCUCUCAAGCAUGUUGCAGUUUGCUUCACAUUUGCAGUUGGUAGCUUGCAUGGGUCUUAGUAAGUUGAUUGCAAACCAGUGUUUUAAUGGAUUAAAAUCACUAUACAUUAUCAACUGUCGUUGUGAUUUUGGACCAGUGGAAGAAGGAAGUGGAAAGAUUGACCCUCUUCCAAAUCUGGAAUAUCUCAGCUUCUAUUAUGUAGAUCAUUUAAAGAGUGUUUCUGAUUUCGGUCAUUUUCUGGGUCUAAGAUUUUCUAAAUUACGCAAACUGGAUGUAUUCGGUUGUGAUAAUUUAACAUGUCUUUUUAAUGUUGGUGGAGCUUUUUCUGUACCCAGGCACUUGGAAGAAAUUUCACUUUCCGGUUGUGAUCAUCUGACAGAGUUACUGGCACAAUUCGUCUCAAGUCAGACGACACUCGUUAGUGCAGAAAUUCCAAGAGUUCGAAAGUUAUCUUUGGAAAACUUGCCAAAAUUAGCAACUUUUGGGGAGGCACAGAGUAUGUGGGAACACCUGGAGGAACUUAAGGUGGUCGGAUGCAAUGGAAUAAGGAAGUUGCCUCUCUCUAUUCAAACCUCCAAUAACAUCAAAGUGAUAAGAGGAUCAUCAGAAUGGUGGAGCCAACUGGAGUGGGAUGACCACAACUACAAGUCAAAUUUAGAGCAUUGUUUCACGCAAGACUUACCCUGGGCUAGGAGUGGCAAACGAGCGAGUCGAGCCGAGCCGAAUAUGAGUUGAUCAAAAAAUGAGUUAAAUAAAAAUGGGUAAGUUACUCGACUCAACUCACAUUUUAAAUGGGUAAAAACGAGUUACCCAAUGGAUAAUAUGGAUAACCAUAUUUACCCAUAUUAUAAUAAAAAUCUUGUUAAAAGCUUUAAAAACAAAAACAAAAAAUUAAUUUUUUUUAUCACUUCACUCCACCCCCUACCAGCCCCCCCUAUCCCAAAAAAAUGUAAAAAAUAAA